AUGUGCGGGCGAUAUGCCUUAGGCAUUAGGGCAUCGUUUGUCCGCCAUCAGCUCCAGGCACAUGACAUGCCUGUAGCAGACGCCCCAGACGAUAAUGACGUACGCGAGACUUACAACUUUGCUCCUGGCAAUCAUGGUCUAGUUUACAGAGCAGACGUGCCCGAUUACGGUUCAGGUGGCAGACCUCACGACAGAGAACAACACCACGAAGAUGCAACCAACGAGAAGGAGGGGCCCUCUACUCAACUCGAGGAUCCUAAGGAGACACGCUACAAGCUUCAAUCCAUGAAGUGGGGUCUGAUUCCGUUCUGGACAAAACGAAAUCCAGAUUACGGCACGGUGAUGAGGACGAUCAACGCCCGUGACGAUUCUCUGGCCAGCAAAGGUGGUAUGUGGAAUACGAUGAAGCAGAAGAAGAGGUGCAUUGUUGUCGCCCAAGGCUUCUAUGAAUGGCUGAAGAAGAACGGUGGCAAGGAGAAGAUCCCUCACUACGUAAAGCGCAAGGACGAACAGCUCAUGUGUUUUGCGGGUCUCUGGGACUGUGUUCAGUAUGAAGGAUCCGAUGAGAAACACUACACAUACACCAUCAUCACCACAGACUCGAAUAAGCAGCUCUCCUUCCUUCACGAUCGAAUGCCUGUCAUCCUGGAGAAUGGGUCGGAUCAGAUACGGACAUGGCUCGAUCCCAGCAGAUCCGAGUGGUCGAAGGACCUUCAGUCACUAUUGAAGCCCUUCGAAGGGGAGCUCGACUGCUACCCUGUUACCAAGGACGUCGGCAAGGUUGGUAAUAAUUCUCCAACAUUCAUCGUGCCCGUGGCAAGCACAGACAAUAAGAAUAACAUUGCAAAUUUCUUUUCAAAUGCCAAAAGUUCUACCAAAGGUGAGGAAGAGAAGAAGCAGGUCGAGGCGGAGGAGGAGAAUGUCAAGGAGAAGGGCGUUGCGGUCAAGCGUGAGAAGGGCGACGCACGGACUGUCGACCAUAGCAGUACUGAGGUCAAUGCUCCGCUGCCAGUCCCCGUGACUGAACCACCGAGGCUCGGUUUGAAACGGGAGUACGAGUCAGAUGAUGGCGAUCGAUUAACAGCAGAGUCUCUGAACCAAAUUGGUGUGAAAAGAGAACGCAAGUCAGAAGAUCACUGUGAGCCAGUUGCAAAAUCCCUCAAGACUGAAUCUCAUGCAACAUCCACAAGUUCCCCAGAAAAAAUUCCGAACAAGAAGAGGAGAAGCGCAACAAAGAACGGCACGGUAAAGGGCAGCCCCGCGAAAUCGAACGACCGGAGUCAGAAGAUUACCAGCUUCUACAAAUGA